UUCCAUCAGUUGUUGUUACUCAAAUAACUGGUGAACGUAUUGGUAAAGCUAAAGGUUAUGGUGAUUUAGAAUACGCAAUUAUGUCACAAAUGGGUUGUGUAUCAAAUAAAACAAUUAUAAUGACAACAUGUCAUGAAAGUCAAUUAAUUAAUGAUAUACCAAAUUAUAUUAUGGAACAACAUGAUUUACCAGUAGAUAUUAUUGUGACACCAAAACGAUAUAUUUAUACAAAACGUUUAUUUCAACGACCAACACGUGUCUAUUGGAAUAAACUUGAUCCAGAUAUGAUGAUAAGUAUUCCGGUUUUACAAGAAUUAAAACGAUUAGAACAACAAAAUAUUAUUAAAUCUCAAUAA